ACGCGAGCCGCCCUCCCUUAUACUUCACAUGAACGGCCCUCCCUCAUAUUUCACGCGAGCCGGUAAAUCACUAUCCAGGGUCUAUCAUGGACUGCGAAGCCGUAAUUCAGUUUUUAGAGCAACCUCCUAAUAAUCCGAUCAGCGAGGCAUCUAUUCGGCUUGUGUACCUUGUGAUGGAAAUGAAACAAUGUCGAUUCCCUAUUUCAAAAGACCCAUAUAAACGAAACCCGAAUUGGAGCAGAGGGGAAUGCGAGAAAAGGCUGCAGAAUAGGUUGAAGAGCCACACGAUUAAAAAGGCUAAGGAGUGGUGGGAAGAUCAGGACAAGAUUGAGGACAAGAAAGAUGUCAAAUUUGAACUUUACCGCCUGAUCGAGACCUUGUAUGGCUUGAAAUACUCUUGGGCUCUCGGAACAAUGAAGAGCCAUGACUGGUAUUUCAAUCCAAGAAGAAAAAAGGCCUUAGCGGAAUUAAUAUUGGCCCUCAUGGAGUUGGCAAAACGUGAGAAAAUUAGUGGCCAAGACAAGAAUCGAGAAGCCGUGUCAGCGGCGUCCUCCCAGCUGAUGGGUUUUCCAUUCUUAGACAAAGAGGUGGAAACAUAUGCCUGGAAACCACUCAACGCUGUUAAAUUUGCGGUCGAAAUCGGCAAAGCGUUAAAGUUAGAGCUUUGUCAUCAUCUGAAUGAUGGCAACUUUUCCUACCAGAAGGUUAAUCUAACGGAUGAUGAAAGUUUGAGCAUCUUCAGAAAGUAUAUAUCAGAUGAUAUGGCAUCGAGGGUGGAAAAAGCGGAAUGUCUUUAUUUGGCACUUCCGCAAGACCCAACAGAGAAUCAUGCGUUGAUAUUUUUUCAAAGCUUCUUAUAAUUUCGAGAAGUGCCAAUUACAUGAUGAGGUCCAC